UUCUUUGACGACGUGUCAGUAUCGAGAAUACGCGUUGUACAUCGCCAACUUGUACAAUUUGACGUUUCCAUAUCAUUUAAUUUAAAAAUUACUUUCGAAUUCAGUCGCGACAAAAUUGCUAAGUUUAAAUAUACAGAUACCUUACCGUAUAUAUAAAAAAUGCCAGCCGCACCAAGCUCUACAUCUGUGGGAUCUGGAGGCCGAUCGCCAACCAAGGCAACUGGUGUUCCACGUUCGUCAACCGGAGGCACUGUGAGACAACGUAAGUCAACCACGACAACAACAGCAGCCAGGAAUCGCAGCACUGGUGCUGGAACCGGUGGAAUGUGGCGUUUUUACACUGAUGACUCCCCCGGCGUCAAAGUAGGUCCUGUGCCUGUACUUGUCAUGUCUCUGCUAUUCAUUGCAUCUGUGUUUAUGCUGCACAUUUGGGGAAAAUACACCAGGGCCUAAAUUACAACAACAUUAUUUAAAUUGUUAUUAAUAAAAUAGUUAUGUAAUUAUAAAUAUAAAAUAAGGGAGUGCAAGUGAAUGUUAUGAUUAUGUGCUUUUAUACUUAAAAGUAUCUAGAUAUAAUUUGCAAUAAAUUAAGUUAUUCUUUCUCAUAUAA